GACUGCAGGUGAACUUAAUGUUUCGCUUUUGUAUUUUUUAAUAUUAUUUAUUUACUAUGUUUACGACUAUAAAGACGACAGUUAUUUGAAAUGUGAACAUCUAAGUAAAAAUGCAGUACAAUAAUGUUUUAUUUAAUUUAGUAAAUUAUUUUUUAUACCUGAAAAAGUACUUAUAUUAAUAUCCAAUUUAUUUAAGUUAUACGAUCGAAAAUGGAAGAAGAAUUGAGAUGUUUUAUAUGUAAAGAAUUCUAUAGAGAACCUGUUCUCCUUCCUUGUGGCCAUGCUUUGUGUCGUAUUUGUGCUGUGGGCUUACAAACUCAUGUCCAUGAAACAGACAAUACAUCGACUGUGACGACUGAUUAUCAGGAAGCUGAUAAAGCAUCUGUUUCGAGUGAAACCGAUAGUGGUGUUGUUUGUGGAUCAAGACCCAAUAGUUACGCAGGUGCCACCGCUGCCACUGCGUACUCUUCAGCGGCAUUUAGCAUUACCUGUCCACUUUGUAAUAAGCAAGUAUACUUAGAUGAUAAUGGAGCAGAAGGCCUUCCACCGUUUCGUGUUAUGCGAACCAUUGUAGAACGUUUUGGCGGAAUCAGUGUGACACCUCCUGCUGAAGAAGCAUGUCAAAUGUGCGAAGGAGAAAGAAGGGCAGCUAUAGUGCGUUGUGAGCAGUGUUCCGUUCGGUAUUGUGCAAGCUGCAGAGACGCCUGGCAUCCCACGAGAGGGCCUCUUGCACAACAUGAGUUGAGAGCAUUAGGAACUACAUGUAACGACCAUGGCUCUACACCUAUCCUUUACUGCAAUACCUGUUUAGUUCCAAUUUGCCAAAGUUGUGUUGCAGAGAGACAUUCAUCACAUGAGACACAGCAAUUAUCCAGUGCAGCUAGGGCACAUAAGACUGAAUUAUCACAAACACUACAUCAGUUGUCUGAAGAAGCUAAGGCUAUGACUGAAUACAUCCAACUAGUCAAAGGAUCAGGAGAUAAAAUUAAUGAGUCAUGCGAGGAACUGGAAGUGCAAAUAGAUCAAGCAUGUGCAGAAAUUACCCGAGCAAUAGAAAGAAGACGGGAUGAGCUAAUAAGAGCAGCUCGUAACACAAGAUCUCAAGCCGUCACCAACAUGCGCUCAUUGACCUCACAAGCCGCGCAAAAACUACGCGAAGCGACCGCGUUACUACAUUUCUCGAUAGAGGCCUUGAAGGAAUCAGAUCAUGCAGCAUUUCUCCAAGUGGGUAGGAUUCUAUCUGCGCGUGCGCAGGACACCACGUCGGGCCUGCGGUCGUCGUUGGACGCCCCGCCCGCUCCAUCCGCGCUCACACUGGACAUCGAGCCCGUACUACGCACUGUAAAGACGAUGAACUUCAUAGAAUGUAUACCGCCGGGCGCGCCCGAGAUGGCGGUGGAGGCGUGCGCGGCGCGCGGCUGCUCGUGCACGCUGGCGUGGCGCGCGCCGCACGCGCCGCGCGCCGUGCGCGGGUACGUGCUCGAGCUGGACGACGGGCUGGGGGGGCCCUUCCGGGAGGUAUACUGCGGUCGGGAGACGGUGUGCACAAUUGACGGUCUACAUUAUGCGUCGCUGUACAGUGCACGUGUGAAGGCGUUUAAUGGAGCAGGGGAGGGACCGUACAGCGAAGUUAUAGGCUUACAGACAUCACCGGUGGCGUGGUUCACCUGGGACGCCCGAUGUGCCAGUGCCGAGGGUGGACUGGCCAUCGGCGCAGACGGACUCGUGGCGCGCGCCAGCGGCUGGCAACCGCGAGUGGCGCUGGCCGACCAGCCGCUGGCUCGGGGCCUGCACUACUGGCGUCUACGCAUCGACGAGUACGACGGCGACGCCGACCCCGCCUUCGGGAUCGCGCGAGCCGACGUCGCCAGGGACAAGAUGCUCGGCAGCGACGCGCUGGGCUGGGCCAUGUACAUCGACGGCGUGCGCUCGUGGUUCGUGCACGGCGGCGCGCACGGCGGGCGCGCGGCGGGCGGCAUCGCGCGCGGCUGCACGGUGGGCGUGCUGCUGGACCUGGCGCGCGGCACGCUGCGCUUCGCCGUGGACGACGUGCCGCAGGGCGACGUGGCCUUCACGGGGCUGCGCGGCGCGCUGUACCCCGCCGUGUCGCUCAACCGCGGCGUGGCCGUCACGCUGCAGCCCGGCCUGCCGCCGCCGCCCGCGCUGCUGGCCGACGCGCUGGCCGACGACUAGCUCGCCGCCGCUUUAUAUACGUGCGGACUGAGCGCGCCCGUCGAUCGGCCGGUUCCAUGCUGCAUCGCUUCUUUCUGUCCUCUGUUUGUACCUAAGCAACGCAUGUGUCGCAGUUGAGGAAAUCACCGAAACCUGCCCAGUAAUGAGCCAAUUAAUAACAAAUUCCUGUGCUUACCUGGACUCAAAUGUUCAUUAUUACAAAUAGUCCAAUUCACUGCCUUCCCACUGAGUGGGCUUUGGGUCUGCGCUGAAAAAUGCCCGAAUCGAAAGACAAACAAAACCCGAAAAUAUAAACAGACUUAAAACGUACACGUAUGUGACUAAACUGGACUCGUUUGACUGACUUUUAUUUGUUUUAGUUUCCAUUUCCAUAUAUAAUUUUCUUCACAAAGUCAACACCGUGAAAUUCUCGUGAUUAUUCUAUUAAACCCGCCAUGUUAAUUUUUUGGGAGGUCAGUGACCAGAUAGAGCGCAUAUUCUUGUAAAUAUAUCUUGUAGGUAAAACAAUAUUACCAGUGAAACAGUCUUUUUUGACAGUAUCUAUUUAUAUUAUGUCAAAUAUAUAUAAUCGUAUGUUGAUUGAACAUUCAUUACUUGCCACUCGCAUAUCAUUCGUCAUAUUGUAUAUUUAAAAAGUUAUUGUUAGUGAAAAUAUUUCGCCUGUCAAGAGUAAUACAAAGUAAUGAAUGUAUCAGCUCUGUUAUUAGUAGCCUGGACUCGUUUGACUGCCUCUUUGUUCUAGCGGCUAACUCAUAAGGCUGCAUAACUCUAGGUCCUUGGUUUAAAACCUAUAGGCCAAUGAAAUAAAUAAAACUAGUAAGUUUUUCCACACAGAAAAUCUGAGUAAGUAACUCUUCCAUAUUAGUCAAAACUGUUGGUCCUUCGCCUGUCGAUUAGGAGAGUGAAGGAACACAGUGUGUUUGCGCACUAUAAAAAUGUGCCCUGUAUAUAA